UCUUUCUCUCUCGAUACUCUCUCUCGAGACAGGCGAUUAGGGUUGAUUUGGGAGUUUUUUUAUUUGGCUUGAUUUCGAAAUGGGUAUUGAGUCUGAAGACAACAACAAUGAAUCCCGGUGCUGGAGAGGAUUUAGAAGUCGAAGAAAGAGAUCUAAGGAGGAGAAACAAUGACAACAAGAGUGCCAGAUCACGGUGGCAUCAGUGGAGACUUGUUCGACGAUGGUGUUAACGAUUAUGUAAGGAAAGUGAUUGUCGGAGAAUGCUGUCAGGGGAUCGGCUAUAUCAAGAUGGAGUACGUGAAAGAUGGAACGGUCGUGCAACGAGAACACGGGAAAAAUACAGGAAGACUAACAAAGACCGCGUUUGAAGUUAACUACCCAGAUGAAUACAUCACAUCGAUCUGGGGAACUGUUAGAGAUGAUUACAUUUAUGGGACUCGUACCGUCGCCAGUUGCGCGGACCUGAGUAAAUUCAAGUUAGUACCUCCAUUUGAAAAAUUCACUGUACCAACUUCAAAAUCUGGUGAGGAUCCAAGGUAUAAAUAUGCAGUAUCGGAGAUUCAGUUCAAGACAUCAUACGGGAGAACAUCUCCGGUGUUUGGUACGCCCGGGUUGCUUAGCAAGGAGUUCGUGUUAGAAGGCAAAAACGGAACGAAACUUGUCGGGCUCCAUGGUCGGUUUGGUGAAUUUCUUUGCGGUAUUGGAGCUCACUUUAUCUUCGUUUCUUCUGAUUUUAAGCAACUAGAGCCUCAUGGUGCGCUCCUUGGGGUCUCUUGGGACGAUGGAGUGUACGACUGUGUGAGGAAAGUGCGCGUUGGAGAAGAUGGUGGUCGUUUAAGCUCUGUUGAAUUCGAAUAUGCUAAUGGAAAUCAACUGAUAAGUCAUCGUCACGGCAAAAAGCUACAAGAACGUAAAGAGUUUGUGCUGGACUAUGGAAAAGACGAAUACAUUAAGUCCGUUGAGGGAUUCUGCGAUAGAUAUGGUUUCGUUUCGUCUUUAACCUUCAAAACAUCACUGGGUAGAGACUCUGAGGUGUUUGGGAAAGCGGUUGGUACUAAAUUCGUCCUCAUGGCAGAAGGGUAUGAUAAGCUUGUCGGAUUCCGUGGGAGGUCUUCCGCUAAUCGUAUCACUGCUCUCGGAGCAAAUUUUGCUGUGGUGCAAGCUCCUCCCGUGAAGAAACUAGAAGCAAAAGGUGGGGAACAUGGUUGCGAGUGGGAUGAUGGGUUUCAUGACAGUGUUUACAGGAUAAUAGUAACAACCGAGCACGCUGUAGUGAAGUCGGUCAAGUUUGAGUACGUCAAUGGAAAGUACCAAACUGUUCAAGGAGGCGAUCACGUGAAGAUCAGCUCGACUGAUGAGACAGAAGAGUUUAAGCUUUGGUUUGGAGAUGAAUACAUCACAUCCGUUGAAGGACACUACGGUCAAAAACUGAGACUCUCUGGACCGUCGCGUGAAGUGACUAAACUGAUUGGAUACAAGUACAUUACGAUGCUUAAGUUCAACACAAACAUGAGUACAUAUCAAGUGUUGGGAAAAGAAAGUGAAGAUUACGAGUAUGAGGGCAAAUCGUUUGUGCUGGGGAUGGAAGGUCACAAGAUUGUUGGGUUCCAUGGCAGGUCUGCAUAUGAUACUCUUAAACAAAUUGGUGUUUACGUCAAGCCAAUAGGUAACCCUUAAAGUUAUUAUAUAUGUUUAGACUCUCCUAAAUUACCUUAUUAUGUUAUUGUCAUGGUCUCCUAGUACUCUCCUUCUCCUUCAGUAUGCCUUAUGGCUCUUAAAUUUGAAUAAAUAUUUACACCAGUUAUCAUUUUUUCUUC